CGCAGCAGGACCUAGCGCCACAUUUUUGGUUGCGCCUAAUAAAUUGGUGUCCGUUUUCUGCCCUAUCAAGGCAGGGAAGAAAAAUAAGGCACAGAUUACUUGGCCAGUGACAUUAGCCCAUCAUGAGUUUAUUUGGCGCAAAUACUGGGUUUGGAACAGGUGGAACUGGUGUCUUUGGAAGCACAACAACAGAUAGUCAUAAUCCUAUGAAGGAUGUUGAGGUGACUUCACCGCCAGAUGACAGCAUCAGUUGCUUGGCUUUCAGCCCCCCUACCAUGCCGGGAAAUUUCCUUAUUGGAGGAUCCUGGGCCAAUGAUGUACGUUGCUGGGAGGUACAGGACAACGGGCAGACUGUCCCCAAAGCACAACAGAUGCACACAGGUCCAGUGCUAGAUGUGUGCUGGAGUGAUGAUGGGAGUAAAGUUUUCAUAGCGUCCUGUGACAAAACAGCGAAGAUGUGGGACCUUAACAGCAGCCAGACAGUGCAGAUUGCACAGCAUGAUGGCCCAAUCAAAUCGAUCCAUUGGAUAAAAGCUCCAAACUACAGCUGUGUCAUGACUGGGAGCUGGGACAAAACACUGAAGUUCUGGGACACCCGCUCUCCCAAUCCCAUGAUGUCCCUACAGAUGCCAGAGAGAUGCUACUGUGCAGAUGUUGUGUACCCAAUGGCAGUGGUGGCCACAGCCGAGAGAGGACUGAUAGUUUAUCAGCUGGAGAACCAGCCUUCAGAGUUUCGCAGAAUAGACUCUCCCCUCAAGCAUCAGCACCGCUGUGUAGCCAUAUUCAAGGACAAACACAACAAGCCCACAGGCUUUGCUUUGGGAAGUAUUGAGGGCCGAGUGGCCAUCCACUACAUCAACCCUCCAAAUCCGGCCAAAGAUAAUUUCACCUUCAAGUGCCACAGGUCCAAUGGAACCAACACAGCCACGCCACAAGACAUUUAUGCUGUGAAUGCCAUCUCCUUCCACCCUGUCCAUGGCACACUAGCCACUGUGGGCUCAGACGGGCGCUUCAGCUUCUGGGACAAAGAUGCCCGUACCAAGCUGAAAACCUCAGAGCAGCUUGAUCAGCCUAUCACAGCUUGCUGCUUCAACAAUAAUGGCAAUAUCUUUGCCUAUGCCUCAAGUUAUGACUGGUCAAAGGGCCAUGAGUACUACAACCCUCAGAAAAAGAACUACAUCUUCCUGCGCUAUGCCGCCGAAGAGCUGAAGCCUCGGAACAAGAAAUGAUUCGCCGUGCCGAGCCGAAACAGUUGUGGGGAAACGCGGAAGACCUGCUGCUUUAGUGUGUGUGUGUAUACGCUCAAGACAGAGACACCUUCCUUUUGGCAAACACCUGGACCAAUGCCGCGGCGCUGCGUACUGUGCAUGGACCAAUCGGAGGGGCCUAACCAACCCAGCCUUGAUGACACCUGGUGACACUUGGUCUCAGAGGUCAUUGCAGAAAUGGGGGAUGGGGGGUGGGUGCAGUUUGUCUUCUUGAUAUUUUUUGUUUUGUUUUUUGUUUUGUUUUUUCUAUGCAGCCCCGAUUCUUUUUUUUCUAUGGUGUUCCAAAGACUUUUUCUUUUGAUUUGCUGUUUUCCAUGGUUUAACUCCAGUACUGAAACAUGAAAUAAAUAAAUCUGUGAAUGUUCUCAUUCAUCCAGGUCAUGGUUAUCCAAAGGAAUUGAAUCG